AUGGCACACGGCAUGCAGAGUUUGGGAGUCGAUGGUCCACCAAGCGGCUAUGAACCUUCGCAGGCACCAAUUGGUGGAGGAGGUGGUGGCGGGUCCAUGGCAGCCGUAUCACAGCUUUUCACCCGGCUCGCCCAGGAGAUAGAGGAGCAGAAGCCGAAGAAUUGCAUCCAUUUUGUGGUGGACUUUCUUUGCAAGCACUAUCCUGAGCACUUGCAUGGCUUUGCCUCCAUCUGGCAGAUGGACCCAGACCUGGAGCGGGAGAGGCAUGAGGUGGUGAACUUCUUCAAAGCCCACAAGAUCUCCACAGCCGUGGCGGCUCACUUCACAAAUGCCGGGUAUGACACCCUCGAUACUUUGACAACGCUAUCGCCAGAUAGCCUCGUCGACGUCGAGGCCUUCAACAAUGUGAAGUGGCUGCCCGGCCACAAGGUCAGACUUCAGCAAAUCUUCAGCGAAAUCUCUGCCAGGGUUCGCGCGUACCGGCAGCAAUUUGGAGAUGGUCAGCAAAACCGCCGGCGGCACAACCACCAAGGCCAGGCUGGCAACUCAGCUCCGGUUGACAGGCGACACGACUCGCCCCCUCAGUACAACAGGUCACACCACCCUAUUCAUGACAGUUAUGCACCGCAUGCUCAUCAUCCAGCAGGUCAUCCUCAUCAAACACACGGCCAUCACGCUUCAAUCAGCCAUCAUGGCACUCCACCACACCCCCAUGUCGCAAGUCACCACAGUGUCGCACACCCGGCAGUCAGUCACCCUCACCACGUGUCUCCAGUUGUUUAUCCGCAGUCGUCACAUCCGCCUCAGAUGGCGUCCGGGGAUCGGCACGUGGCCUACACUGGCGGCUUCAGUGGUGGCUAUGCAGGCGGUCUUGCCCCUCCUCAGUCUGUUGCUCCUAUGGCUCCCCCGGCAGCAGGCAGGUGA